UUCGCAGAGAGCACACGGCAGUAGACAUUUGUUGGUUGGAAGAGUGAGUUCAUCGUUUGGAAUUUCAUCCGCCAUGCCAUAACGUUCCAUCAACUCGACCAACCAACUAACCAUACAUCUAGCCAAACACCAUCAUAAUUACCCCAUCUACUAGCAAUCUCUGCUCCAACGGGCACAUUUAUCCACCACUUACAAAUAAAUACUGCAUUAAUUACGAAAAAGUAACAGGAAUAAUUAAUCUAGUGUUGUGUGGUUGGUGUUUGUUUAAUACGUGAAAGACAAUAUCAUACAUACGUAUAUAUUGUGUACACAUACUUAUAUCCUAAUAUAAAUGUAUAUACAUGUGCAUACACGUAUAUAAAAGCACGAGAUUAAUUCUGUAAUGGCCGCGACCUGACCUUCAUCAUCAUCCGAGAUCUUAGCCCUCGUCAGUCUUUAAAAUAUACUUUUAAUUUAUAAAUAUCACUUUUUUUAUUCCGUUUUACAAUUAAGUACUUUUUCUAUUAAUAAUAAAAAUUACUGUAAUAAUAAUAAUAACAUAAAAUAUUUGGACUACUGGUUAAAAACAGCUUACAAUUUUCUAAGGACUUUCAAUAAAAAUAAUAAAUAAAAAUGAGUGAUGACCGCAGUGAUGAAGAUCAAAUUAUGGAUCUCUGGUACUCAAAUUGGGAACAACAGUGUAUUGCAACUAUUGAAUCAGAACCUGAUUAUGAGAGUCAAUUACACAACGAAAAGGAAAUUUAUUCCCAGCAAAUAUGGACGGGUUUUCAGACAACAGCUUCAGCCAUUGCUCAACUCUAUAAAGAUCGUACGCAAGGUGCAUCACUUUGGCUACCAUUUCAAACCGCUGCAGGAACAGUAACAUCUCUUUACAAAAAUUCGUUGGAUGGUAUGAGAAGAUGCAACGAAUUAGGAGUUGAUAUUGGGAGACAGAAGAGAAGUAAAGAAAUAAUGAAUUGGGCGAGGAAGAAAAGACGGAAUAUUAGACGUGAAGAUUUAUUGGCGUAUCUGGCUGGUAAACCACCACCACCACCUAGACCUCAUGCUCAUAGAAGCUCGCCGAAACCUCGUAUGAUGGUGUGUGGUUCCCCGCCAUCACAGAGUCCUGCGGCAAGUAUGGUUGUAACCCCAACUCCAGAACCAGUUGAUCAAGAUUCUGAACUUCAUACUUUUAGAGAAGCUAUUGCCUUAACCGGAUCACCAAUGUCCCGGCGUACUGGAAGACAAUCAGAGUUGUCAGCAUUCAUAAGCAGUGAGUUUGCUCGGCAUCACAAGCGACCGGCAUCACAUGACGUGGACAUGGGCUCACCUACGCACAAACGUUCACGCUUCAUGUAACGAAUUGUGUCGUUAUCAAAUAGCCUUUAAACCUUUCUACCCUUCAAUGUAUUGCUACAUUUUAAUUGAUUGAACAACAAAAAAAAUUACAAGAUCAACAACCACAACAACAGUCAUUACGGUCAUGUCAACAAAAACAACUUUUCCAUUUUAUUUGAUACUUCGAUCGCAACAUCAACGGAAAAAAAGUUAAGUAAUCAAGAGAUUGUUAAUUUUCACAAGUAAAUACAUUUUUGUUACUUACGAUGA